ACUCCACCCCCUAUCCAGGUCUACAUAACCCUGUCUCCAUCCUCUACCUCUCUAUUUUGCACCAUGAAGGGAUUUCACAUUGUGGUGCUGCUGUCCUCGGCCGUGCUGCUGGUCAGCGCUGCUCCGGCUCUGGAGCUGGUGACAUGCAGCAAAGAGAGUGGAGCUGCGGCUGCACGGCUGACUAUGCAUCGCAUCAACGAGAACCAUGGCCACGGCUACAAGUUCAGACUCCAAGAGAUCCAAGGCAACAAAGUGGAAACGGUGGACGGAGGCUGUAACCUCGAGCUGCAGUUGAACCUUCUGGAGACAGUGUGCCAUGUCAUCAACCCCAAACACUUUGAGGACUGUGAGAUCCGUGAAGAGGCUGAGCGGGCAGUGAUGGCUAACUGCACCAUAAAGAUGAGCGUUAGAAAUACUGACGCCAACGUCACCAAGUAUGAGUGUGACACGCGACAAGUAAAGACCAACCUGGAAAUGGUGACGAUUUGCCCUGAUGUCCCACGCUGGACCCACUGAACAGCACUGAAGGUCUGAAGUCUGUAAUGAAGCUGUGAGCAAAUUCAACCAGAACACCACCA